UGGAGAGAAUCAACCUAAGAUAUCCGCGAAAAUCGUUAAUUUAUUUUCGCUCAGAGCAGCAAGAAAGUGAUUCGAGUACAAACGAAGCUUGAGAAACAGAAAUUAGGGGUGAGGAACAAAAUCUAGGAGGUGUUGAGCAAAAGGUCGGGGGUCGAGAUGCAACUACACAUUUGAAUUUGCCGCCAAGCUACAGGUGGGCAGUACUGCAGUACACAUAAGUUACCUUUAAAAAUGCGACCGCACCGGUUGGCCAGCCUCUGUGCGAACUCAUAAAGGGUACAUAUUUCCGUAAUAUUUGUUUUUACAUUUCCAAACAACGCAGGAUACGUUGACAGUCCAAAAAAACGGUGCCGCGUUUUCUGCAACUCCACGACUCCACAUUCUCUGAUUGGCGGAGCUCAUCUCAAAUGGCUUCGUGAGAGGUGUUUUUCGGACGGGGUGGACGAGGUUUGAAAUGGCCCCGCGGCGUAAGAAAGAACCGAAACGGGGCCGCGUCACGGCGGCGGCUCCUAAAGGUUCCCACGUUCCCACGUGCGCAUUCUGCGACCUGCCGGAAAGCGACGACAUCCACGGAGAGCUGCUGAGCAGCGGUAGCGGCCUGCACGUUCAUUACUUUUGCAUGCUCUUCUCCAGCGGCCUGCACCAGAGAGGCGAGGAGAAUGAACCGCUGCGUGGUUUCGUGGAGGCUGACGUGCGCGCAGAGCUUCGCCGUGGCAGCCGACUGAUCUGUUGUUUCUGCAAACGAAGGAAUGCCACGGUAGGCUGCUGCCUGCGUGCUUGCAAGAAAGCAUUUCACAUGCCCUGUGGUGUGUCCAAGGACUGCCUGCUACAGUUCUUUGGCGACUUCAGGGUGUACUGUGGAGCACAUCGUCCUCGCCAGAAUGUGGUGCCGAUGGAGCGGGACGGGGUCAGCCUGUGCUCCAUCUGCUCCGAGCAGAUGACCCAUCCGUCAGUGGAUGUGCUGGUGACGCCCUGCUGCAGACAACUCUUCCACCGGGCAUGCAUACAGCGUCAGGCGGUGAGUGCGGGCAGCCACUUUUUCCGAUGUUGCCACUGCAACAACCAGGAGGCCUUCCAGAGAGAAAUGCAGGACCACGGCAUCUAUGUGCCAGAUCAAGAUGCUUCCUGGGAGCGGGAGCCCCACGCCUUUGAGGAGCUGCUCUUCCGGUACCAACACUGUGAUGCGCCGCGUUGCUCCUGCCCCUUGGGGCGCAGCCACAACCAGCAGGAUGGUCGUUGGAAGAUGGUGGUGUGUGACAGCUGCGGCUCCCAGGGUGUCCAUGCAUCCUGUGGCAAUGUGGGAGGCACCCACUGGGUCUGUACAGACUGCCGCCACGUCAUCAACCGAGUGCAGCCCAGCAGUCGUCCAGCGGUCGCAACGAAAGGCACCACCCGUCGCAGCAGCCCGAAGUUAUCGAGAUCGACAGCGAUGACGAGGACGAAGCGCCUCGGCCACAGCAGCACGCGGAGUGCAAGACGUCAAGCGACGCGGAGCGCAUGACGGCAAAUGGGCGCCGCCUUCUGGACUUCACCAUGCACGGUGCACGCGACAACAGCGCCACCCUGCAGCUCAUGCUCGAGACGAUCAGCGGCAGCGUCAUUGUGGCGGACAUCUCACUUGCCGACCGUUCGCUCUUCGUCUCGUGAUUCGCUGGGCGACGUGCCCUGCUUCUCUGACAAAAAAGCAGCAUUUGGUGCAUCACGUGACGGCGAGCGAAUGUUCAGAGAGCAAGAUGGUUGCACAAUUUCAUCCUUGUUGGAGUUCACCAUGUUUCUAUACUUGUUUCAUGGCGCUGGCAGCGCCGCAAGAGCACCGGUUGAGAGUGUCCUCUGUGUUUCUGUUUACUGGUUUUGGCUAGCACAAAGUUCAAGCUCCUGUUAAUAAAUGGGUAAGGCCAUGGUAUGC